UUUCGAGUGAAAGUUGGACGCCGAUCCGGAACCAGCCAAUAGAUAGACAAGACUACCGAUUCGCUCUAAGGAGACGCUACUUUUUGAUCGACAUAAACUUGUAUGAAUGCGCAACAUAAUUGCUAAACUUUUACCGCUGUGCCUGGAGUUUUACUUUACGCUGCCCGAUUUUAUUGCGGGAUUGACACAUUGGGAGUGAAGGGGAAAUUAUGGGACUCGAAACAAGACGUCUCUUUUCAUUGUUUUUCGUGGCUUUUUGUUUGAUAGUAUCAAGUCUACGCUCGGCGCAGGCUGCUUACCUAUAUACAGCAUUUGUGAAUGUAUCUUAUGUUGACUCUCAUAACGCAACCGUAUGGGAACGCAAGGAAAGCGGGCUUUACGGGCAGGAUUCGCCGAAGACUUCCGUGGCUGGGAGCGUGAUUUUACCCAAACCGAUACACGGCUGUGAAACUGAUAGUUUUUCUGACAUUCACAGCAAUGCUAAAGGUUGGAUCGCACUCAUACUGCGCGGACAUGGAUGUACUUUUUCAGACAAGAUCAAAAUUGCGGCCAGCAACGGAGCUAUCGCGGCAGUAAUAUUUAACGAAGCAGACACGGGUUAUAGCGUUAUACAAAUGGCUCACCCAGGUACACGUGACACAGUGGCCAUCAUGAUAGGCAAUAGUUGGGGCAUGGAGAUCGUCAAGCUGAUCAAGAGCGGAGUCCGGGUCUCAAUGGAGAUCACCGUGGGAAACCCGCAUGGGCCCUGGAUGAGCCAGUAUUCCCUCAUCCUGGUGUCCCUCUCCUUCUUUGUGGUGACCGCCGUCACCGUGGGUUACUUCAUAUUUCACUCAGCCCGUCGGCUCUACAGCGCACGAGCCCACAUCCGCAGACAGAAACAACUUAAAGAUGAGGCGAAGAAGGCCAUCGGGCAGCUGCAGGUGCGAACCUUGCAGCAUGGCGACCAGGAGACGGGGCCUGAGGCAGACACCUGUGCGGUGUGUAUCGAUGCCUACAAGCCUGGCGAUGUGGUGUCCAUACUGACCUGCAGCCAUUUCUUCCACAAGACAUGCAUCGAACCUUGGCUGCUGGAGCACAGGACCUGUCCCAUGUGCAAAUGCGACAUCCUGAAGUCUCUGGGGAUCGAGCUGGAAGGGGGAGAGGAGCCUGAAGACCACGGGAAUGGGCUACAGGUGUCCGUCGUGCCAGACUCGCAGACGCUUCCUACUGCGACGUCGGGUAUCGAGAUCGACAGGAGGAGCGAAACGGCCUCAUCUGGAUACGCCUCUGUGCAUGAAUCCGAGGGCCUCCCGUCUGGUGCACAGACCCCUUCGAACAUGCCUCACCAAAACCGGCACAACCCGACUGACGAUGAAGGAGUGCAGGUGGGGGGCUCUCCCGUUUAUGACAACCUGGCCUUUGAGGGGGACACGCAAAGCCCCCUGGAGGUGAAGUCAUGAAGUUGCGCACAGAAAACGCUCGCCCCGGAAACACCAACGUCUUUUUUUCUGGCUGUGUUAAGAAUCAAAAAAGCUCCUCUAUGAGCGAAGAUAAUCAAGUGCAGCAAUGAAUUACAUUUUGAGAUCACUCGUAAACCUGUAUUGCUGCAUAUCAUUUUAAAGCAAAUCAUAAUUGAUUUCCAUCCAGAGAAGACUAUUGAGGUUCAUUUCUUGCAUGUAGUAAAACCUUUCGGAAGCCUUUUUUUUAUUUUUAUUGUUCAGUCAGAGGUUGUUUCCAUCUGCUGGAAACUUCCACCACACAGCAAAAGCAGAAUUUUAAGUCGUAUUUACAGCGAUGUGGUGUAUAAGUUCACUUUUAAAAAGCAGAUCACUGUUUGAGUAUGGGAUUGGGUAUGUAAAUAUGAUAACCCUUUAAUAAUAUCUCAUAAAGCCUAUAUACUGCCAUAGGCCUGAUAGCACUUGUCAUAACCAGCCAUAACCAGUCAUGGCAGCGUGUCGUUAGUUAAGACAAAUGUCAUAACACAGUAAUAAUGCUUGCUGCAAAUAACAAAACUGAUUCAGAAUAACUUGUAUGCAUGUAUUAUUGCAGCAUACAUUGACAGUGUUACUGUGUGUCACAAGCUGUCAUGAUUUGUGAUGACUGGUAUGUCAUAACUGUUAUGUAAGCACUAUGGCAUAUUCCUCAAGCAAAGUGUUAUUGGAAAUAAUUGUUAUUUUCUUGAGUUUUUCUCCCCUUUAAUCCCAUUUACCUCAGGUUUUAGACUGCAUGUUUUGCCACUGACUGGGAAAUGUGGGUGACAUUUAAUUUAUUGUUGAAUUCCCCCCUGUCCUCCCCCACCGAUGCAAUAAAAGCUGUAACAUUUAAAAAAUGUAACCUUGAACAUAGUAUUUUCAACAAAGAUUUUGAGUGCACUUUACGUAAUGAUUUUUUCUGUGCUGUCGUAGUAUUGUUUUGUUUUUAAUAGUGACUCACUUAAAUUCUGGUCUUUCAGAGUGAUAUUGUGUAUCCACAGCCUUGUGUUUAAAUAAGGGAUUCAUAGUUAUGGGUCUGUCUGUUUUCCCUAAACUCUAUAUGUGGUGAAUUUGAUAAAGGGUCUAUUUAUGAUUAAUAUGUAAAUAAAAUUUGAAUCCAAUUGUAAA